AUGCCUUUUGGUCAAAUCGUCAUUGGGCCUCCUGGGUCGGGUAAAUCAACGUAUUGCAACGGCUGUUACCAAUUCUUCAAUGCGAUAGGAAGACAUGUGCAGGUGAUAAAUAUGGAUCCUGCUAACGAUUCCUCCCCUUACCCUUGCUCUGUUGAUAUUAGAGACUUCAUCACCUUGGAAGAAGUCAUGCAAGAACAGCAGCUGGGACCCAACGGGGGAUUGAUGUAUGCAGUGGAGUCGCUCGACGAGUCGCUUGAUCUGUUCGUGCUGCAAGUCAAAUCUGUCGUGCAGGAUGAAAGGGCGUAUACGAUUUUCGAUUGCCCCGGGCAAGUGGAGCUGUUCACACAUCAUUCAUCGUUGUUUCGCAUUUUCAAAAAAUUGGAAAAAGAAUUAGAUAUGAGGUUUUGUGUUGUAAAUUUGAUCGACUGCUACUUUAUAACGUCCCCGUCUCAAUAUGUCUCGAUUCUUCUCUUGGCGCUGAGAUCCAUGCUCAUGAUGGAUCUCCCACAAAUAAAUGUUUUCUCCAAGAUCGACCUUUUGAAAUCCUAUGGACCUCUGCCGUUCAGACUGGAUUACUACACAGAAGUGCAGGACUUGGACUAUCUUCAGCCAUUGAUUGGAGCAGAAAGCGCAAGCGCACUGGGAAAAAGGUAUCGCAAACUGACCGAGGCUUUAAGCGAGCUGGUAUCGGACUUCAAUCUUGUAUCCUUUGAAGUUCUUUGCGUCGAUGAUAAAGAAAGUAUGAUCAAUUUACAAAGCGUGAUCGAUAAAGCCAAUGGUUAUAUCUUUGGAGCGUCAGAGAUCGGAGGUGAUACGGUGUGGGCACAAGCAACAAGGGAGGGAGCUCUAUUGGCUAAUUACGACAUCCAAGAUAGAUGGAUUGACAAUAAAGAACUCUACGAUAAGAUUGAAAUUGAAAAAAGAGAAAACCUACUGAAGGAAACAGCGGAUCAAGAAAAACCGAUAGAUGUUGAUAAUGACGACGAAUGGGAUAGAGCUUUGAAAGACUGGGAACAAAAGCAGGGAACAAACUAUGUGAAAUAG